AUGGUCAAUGGCGGAACACUUAUUUUGAUUAUAGACAAACUACUGGGGUUAGGAACGGAAGGAAGAUUCAGAUCGCUACGACACUGUUUAAUAAACCAACAGGCUCAAACGAACAGGAACGAUUGUGCAAACAACGGGGAAGUCAUGUACAAGCCUAUGAUCUACUUGAACAACUUGACGGAUCGUAUAGCUAAAACUUUUAAGAAUGAUUUGCCCAACACUACAUUGGCAAUGGGGAACGAGUACACCAUCAGAAAUUUGCAAGUUCAGGACAGUGGCUGGUAUCGGUGCGUUGCACGAGUUGGACAAACGAUAGCAUCGUCCGCCUGGAGUGCAUACUUGACGGUCGAAGAUAAUCUCCCCACCUCGCAACAGCGCAUCUUCAACGGCGAGCUUCUCCCAGCAGCGCCCGGCUCGCCGAAAGCCCUCAACAUCACAAACAGUAACGUAACCCUGGCCUGGCCAAUUCGCAGCACCAGUGGCCCUCUGCUUACCUACACAAUCGAGCAGUACGGUCUGGACGAUUCCGACAACCUUCCUCCAACCUCAUCGCAAUCGGCAGGCGGUUGGCAGAUUGCCCUGCGUCAACUGGCUGGCAACACUGCCACCGUCACCGGACUGCGACCGGAUACGUCCUACCUCUUUGUAGUCCGAGCGGAAAAUGCGUACGGCUGCUCGGGGCCAUCUGCCAUUUCGGUGCCGAUUCGCACGCUGUCAUCCGACGACCGGGUGACAGUGCCCGCCGAGAUGGAGAGCGCCCGGAACGUGCUGAGUGGAAAGAUUUUGGAACUGAUUGACAUUAUCCCGCUAUCAUCGACGUCGGUUCGACUGGAAUGGCUGUUGCACGUUAGCACUUCUGAGCAGUUCGUUGAGGGAUUUUAUGUUCGCUAUCGGGAACUGGACUCGCACUCGCAACGCUUCUCAAUGCUUUCAAUACCAAACAACGAAAUCGAACAGCAUAUCAUUACCAACUUAGCCAAAUUUACCAAAUACGAGUUUUUCCUCACGCCAUACUUCAAAAACCUGGAAGGUCAACCGAGCAAUGCCCGAAUCGUACAAACUAUGGAAGACCUGCCAUCAAUCGCUCCGGGAGGCAUCCAAACCGGAAUGUUGAACUUGACGGCGGGUUGGGUGCGUUGGAGUCCUCCGCCAAAGGAUCAACUCAAUGGAGUUCUGCAAGGUUACAAAAUCCAAGUUAAGGCCGGAAAUAUUUCCAAAUUGCUAGCGCAGAUGACGCUGAAUGCGACCACGACUUCGGUGAUGCUCAAUAACCUGACAACCGGGUCGAGCUACAGCAUCCGAGUAGGCGCCUUCAACAGAGUAGGACUCGGUCCCUACUCCAAGCCGGUUCACCUAACGAUGGAUCCCUCGUUUGUGAUCGUUCCGCAGGGGGUUCACAACAGCUACAACGACUACGAAGACUUUCGGCAUCACAAUUUUCUGCACGAAACGUGGUUUAUGAUUUUCGUUGUGCUGUCUUUGUUCAUCAUAUUGCUGUUCACUGUCAUUGGUGGGGUGAUCUUCUUCAAGCGGCGUCAGGGCUUGGGUAAACCCGUGGUGACAGUCCCCAUCGGAGCCAGAAGUGACCUUCCCAAUCUAAGCGUUUCGAGGAAGGAUAAUGGGAUUUGGAUCGACCGCGGGUGGAGGACUUGCGAUACGGAUAAAGAUUCCGGGUUAAGUUCCAUAAAGCUGCUGGAGGGGAAUCAAUUAUAUCCGAAUCAAGCUUUGUCCGAUGGAGGCACAGAUUAUGCAGAGGUAGAUCCGAGGGGCGUGACCUCGUUCUACAACUGCCGAAAGUCUCCGGAAAGUCCGACUCCGUACGCUACAACCAUGAUCAUCAAUGGUAUUCCACAUAGUGAAAACGGUGACCUGAGCUAUCAAGGUCACGACACUUUUUCAUCCACGUCUUCCAGUUUUAGAUCAUUCUACGGUUAUCCGAGACCGAUUGUUAACAGCAAUCAAGUUCCACCGAACUGGGUCGACUAUCUUCCACCGCCGCCGGAGCACCCGCCACCGGCUCCUCAACCGCUGGAUAUCAACCAACUGAACCACGUCUACCCGUCUGAGCUGGUGGGAACCAUGUCCAGCUCGCAGGCCAGUUCCUACUGUUCGCGACGCACCAGUGGCUACAAGUGAGACCUGGCCCCGCAUCGCACCCACAGUCACUAUCUGAUCAGUCCAACGGAUGCCUUCCCGCCGAGCCAUUUCUUCUACUAGCGAUCGCCACCAGAGGGCGAGGAGGGCUUCCGGCAGCGAUCAACAGAUGUUAACGACACUUACUUUUGCGGCAGAUUUCGAUCGAAUUGAAAGAAAAACGGAACCAUCACCACCGACAGCUGGGGGGAACUACGGCCUGCACGACAACCAACACUACGAGAUCCCCAGAAAUGUUCCGCCGAAGACAGUUAACAUCGCCGACAAAUACGGGCUGGAAGCAGUUGAGCCCUUAUGGUUACCAGCAGGCACAUUCUCCGGAUUGAGCAUUCCCGCUCUAGAAAAUGGGAACGAUUCUUGCGAUGAAACCGUGCCGCUGGAUGAGCAAAUCCACUUUCAAAGUGUAAAAAGUUCUCUACCAGAAAACGGCGCCAAUGCUGAACAUAUUAUUUAGAUAAAAUAGAAAGACACUGCAAUUCAUUCAGACAAGAUAUAUUUACAAAAACAUAGAAUACAAAAUGCUUGGAAAGCGCACAUUCAUAAUACGAACAACAAAACCAAAAAACGAACUAAUUCCAACUAGGGACAGAUGAGUAGUGAAUAUAUUUAUUUAUCAAAACUUCAAACGGACAGACAAAAUAAAUACCAAUAUAAAGAUUUCAUAAAAGCAUAAA